AUGGAAUAAAGAAAGAACAAGAAACUAAUACUACUCAUUUUAUCGAUUUGUUAUCUUACACUAGGAUGUAAGUGUCAUUUUUGAUAUGAUUAGCAACAUUAACAUGCAUAGAAGGCCAAUAUAAUUCAGGUUUGUUAUGCUUAGACUGUUCUUCAGGAUGCAAAGAAUGUAUUAGUAAUACUAGUAAUCAAAAAUUAUUAAUAAAGGUUGUUCAUUAUGCAAAGAAGGAUAUAUGCUAUCAAGUUAUAGUUGUUAUUCUUGUGGGAAUGGGUGUUAAAAAUGUUAAGGAUUAAGUGGCAGUGCUUCAAGAAUCUUAUAUAGAUCAGGUGGAUUUAGAAUAUUAGCAACACCAACUUAAACUGAGUGUAUAACAUGUUAUUAAGGGUAUUAUUAAUAAGGGUCUGUCUGCAUAGCUUGUGAUAAACCAUGUUUAGCAUGUAGUUCUAAUUCAACAAAUUGUACAAUAUGUGUGGACAGUAUUAAUUAAUCAACUCCUACUUGUUAGUGCAAUGAGUCUUAUAUUAUGAACACAUCUACUUAUUAAUGUACUUCAUAAAAUAUAAUUUAAACUUGCGAAGAUGGAUACUAUUUAGAUUUUACUUAAUAAUGCUAAGUUUGUAUUUUUCCUUGUUUAAAAUGCACUAAUUAAUAAGAAUGCAUAGAGUGUCUACCAGGUUUAAUUCAGGUUGAGACAACAUGCAAAUGUCCUUUUGGUUAAUAUUAAGAAAUAGAUAAGUGUGUCAAUUGCUAAUUACCUUGUUCAUCAUGUUAAGGAUCUGCCAGUAAAUGUCUAACAUGUGCUCCUCAAAAUCAGGUGGUAAAUGAAAUAUUCUAAUGUGUUUGUGAUUAUGGAUAUUCAUUAAUUGAAGAGAAUUGUGAAUUAUGUCAGACUCCAUGCUUAACAUGUGAUUACAGAGUGGAUUAUUGUACUUCUUGCAUGUACGAGUUUCAAGUAAUCUAUGAUGGAAAAUGUGUUUGUAAAUUUGGUUAUUUGUAAAAUGAUAAUAAUGAAUGCCAAUAAUGUUAAUCUCCUUGUGAGAGUUGUGAAAAUGCUAUAAAUGAAUGUCUUACUUGUAUAGAUACUAAUUAAUAUGUUAAUUCGAAUAAAUAAUGUAUUUGCAAAGAAGGCUUUUAUUUAGAUUAUUAUAAUAUAAAUUGUGUUCCAUGUCAUUACACAUGUUAAAGUUGUGAUAAUUAGAGUUGUUUAAGAUGUUUAGACACAACAUUAUAAUUGGAGAUUGGCUCAUUCUCUUGUGAUUGUCCAAUUGGAUAUUAUUAUGAAAAUACAAAAUGUUUAUAAUGUUAAUUACAAUGUAGUAAAUGCAUAGAUUAAUCUGAUAAAUGUUUAGAAUGUGCUGAUCCAAAUUCAACUCUUAUUGAAUAUUAAUGUAUUUGUAAUACUGGAUUUGGAAUAUCAAAAACAAAUUUAUAAUAUUGUACUCCUUGUAAAUAUCCAUGUUUAGAAUGUUCUAAUGAUGUAAAUAAAUGCACUAGUUGUUUUUAAAUAAGUUUAAUUUACUUAGAGAAUUAAGAAUGUAGAUGUCCUUAAGGAUAUUUUAUGUAAGAUUAUGAUUGCAUUAAAUGUGCAAAUUAAUGUUAGGAAUGUUAAAUAGAUAGUGAUAAUUGUUUAAAUUGUAUAGAUUUAAGUUAUGAAUUUAUGAAUAAUGGAUGUUUUUGUCCAUAUGGAUAUUAUAUUGAUACAUCUUUAAAAUGUUCAUAAUGUUAAGAACCUUGUAGUACAUGUGAAUAUAAUUAUGACUUUUGUUUAUCAUGUAUAGAUCCUUUAGCUGAAUUAAUUAAUAAUUCAUGUUAAUGUUAAUUACAUUUUGUGUAAGUAUUUGAUAAUAAUAAUAAUUUAUUAUAAGGAUGUUAUAAAUGUAAUGAAAUCUAUUUAAAUUGUGAUAUUUGCAAUUAAUCUAUUUGUUAAUUAUGUUUAUAAGGAUAUUAUUUCAAUGAGAAUUAAGAAUGUUUGAAUACUAUUUGUGGAGAUUACAUUAAAGUUGAUAAUGAAUAAUGCGAUGAUGGUAAUGAUAUAGAAUUUGAUGGAUGUUUUUAAUGUUAAUGUGAAUUUGGAUGGAUUUAAAAUCAAUUAGGUUGUUAAUCUAUUUGUGGAGAUUAAAUUAUAGUAAUUGAAGAAUAAUGUGAUGAUGGAAAUGAUAUAUAAUUUGAUGGAUGUUAUUAAUGUAAGUAUGAUUGUAAUGAAUAUUGUUAUGAAUGUAUUGAAGGAAUAUGUAUGAAAUGUAAAGAAGGAUUUAUACUUGAAGAAAAUUAAUGCAUAAUUACUUGUGGAGAUGGAAUUUUAAAUAUAUUAACAGAAUAAUGUGAUGAUUAGAAUAAUACACCUAGAGAUGGUUGUUAUAAUUGUUAAUAAGAAGAUGGAUUUAUAUGUUAUUAUACAAAUUAAUUAUUAUUUUAAUCUUGUGAAAGAUGUUCAGAUUAUAAUUGUAAAUAAUGUAUAAUAUAAAAUUAAAAGUAAAUUUGUUAAAAAUGUAUAGAUGGAUAUUAUAUUGAUUCAUUUUAAGGUUGUUCAUAAUGUGAUCAGAUUUGUAUUGAAUGUAUAAUAUCUCCAAAGAAUUGUAUUAUUUUUAAUUCAUCAUUUUAUCAACUUAAAGAUUGUAAUUAAAAUUUAGGAUUAUAUUAUGAUUAUGAACUUUAAGAUUGUAUUACAAAAUGUGGAGAUGGUAUUAUUAAUGGGUAAGAAUAAUGUGAUGAUCUUAACAUUAAUGAUUUUGAUGGAUGCAAUAAUAAAUGUUAAAUUGAAUCUGGAUAUUUGUUUGAUUAAAUAAGUUUAUCAUUUAUUAAUGAACCAUUUAUAUAAGUUUAAUCACAAACUUCCAGUAAUAAUGAUUUUUCUAUAUAUGCUGAACAAUUCUAAGAUACUAUCAAUUGUACUGGAACUACUAUUAAUAUUGAACUUUUCAAUCAAUCAGAAUACAACUAUACAAUAAAUGAAUAAGGAUUAAAUUGUGAUAUUUCUAUUCAAUAUUUUAAAACUGUAGAAUACUUAAAUCUUAUUCAUAUCUUUAUUAAAUUCAAAAAUCAUUUUACUAAAAGAAUAUUAGAUGAAAUACCAAUAAAAGAAAUUAUUAUUGUUCCAAAAAGAUAAGUGUAUGCAAAUGAAGAUUAAAAAGAGUAAGGAAAAACUAUGGCUGCAGUAUCAAAAUCAUUAACAUCAUCUAUUGUUGUAUUUGCUCCAUUAGCAUUACUUAUUGGAGGUUUCAAAUUUAUUUGGGCUAUUCUAGAUAUUAUGAGUUGGAUGAAUAAUUUUUAUUUCUUAAAUGUAAAUUAUCCUGAAAAUGUUAGACUCAUUUUUUAAUAAGCUGAAUGGAGUAAUCUAAUUAAUUUUCCAUAACUUAAUAUUUUUAAUCAACCUUCUGAUGAAUAUUACUUUUAAGCUUAAAUUAAAUUUACUGAAAAAGAUGUUGACCCAUUAUUUAUUAAUAAUAUUUAAAUUGUUAUUAUUUUUUUAUUACAAGUCCUUAUUACUUAUAUAAUUUGUUUUCUUUUUAGAAAAGUAAUGUAGACUUUGUUUAAAAAAAAUAUUAAAAUCAAAAAUCAAUCAUCAACUUAAAUCUUUUAAUUAUAGAAUAACAUCAUUGAUAUAUUUAAAUAAGAAAAUUAAAUAAAAGAAUCUAAAAUUAAUAAUUAAAUUUCCAUUUAUGAAAUUCCAAAUAAACUCAAAUCUAUUUACUUUUCAUGUAUUGAUUAUGAAAGAUCAUUUCUUGCUAAUCUAUUAAAGACUCUAUAAAUAAGUUAUUUGGAUAUUCUAUUGGCAAUUGUAUUAUAAAUUACUAAUUAAUAAACAGCUACUAAUCUAAUUGUUAAAAUUAAUAUCAUAUUAGCAACCUCUUUUAUUGGAAUUGUACUAUUAUUGAUUCACUUAUCCUACUCAAUUUCAGUUUAACAUCAUCUGAAAUUAGAUAAUCAUUAUUUUAGUAGAAGAUAUAGUUGUUUUUAUGAAGAUAUAAAAACUAACUCCAAAAUAUCUAUGACUUAUUCAUUUGUGAAUAUGUUAAGGAAGACUAUAUUUAUUGCAGCAACAGUUCUUUUAUAUGAUUUUCCAAUAUACUAAACAAGUAUUUGUUUUUUAUCUUGUUUCUUAAACAUAAUCUUAUUAUUACUAUGUAAUCCAUUCUAUAAUAGAUAAUAAUAUAUUCUCAACUUUAUACCUGAUUUUUGCAUAUGUAUUAUAGUAGGUAUAACCAUUAUUUUUGCUUUUCAGGAUUAAUAUCAAAUAGUUCAAGAUGAUAAUAUUUAUAUUUUAGGAUGGAUUAUUGGAGUUUGUAUUUAUUUAUCUAUAUUAUUGUAAUUGAUAUUCCUAAUAAAAGAGCUUAUAGAAUCAAUAUGGAAAAAAAUUAAAGAAUUAUAUCUUUUCUUGAAAAACAAAUUUAAUUGA